GAAGACGGGGGACAAAAUUUGACGAUAUUGCUUUCGGUGCACAGUUCUCUCCAUCUGCUUUCACAAUUCGUGCAGGCAACUCCGUAACGUAAGACUAGAUUUCAAGUUCUUCCUGUUUAACGACACAUAGGUGAAUUAGUCUUACCUUCUAGCAGCUAAUCAGUUUUGCUUCUUCAACUUCUGAAUCUGUUCCUGUGUCCAGUGUACAUGCACGGGUGACCCAGUUGACUUUCAGUUUUUGGUAGUUGUGGUUCAGUAACUUAAACAUGGAGCCUUUAUGGAAGCUUGUGUUUCUUAUGGAGCCAGCUCCAGUUACUCUUAUUUUGACUGCCAUAGCUGUGACUUUUGGUUCUGCUUUCCGAGCUUUGAAUUACGGGAAAGAAAUGGAAAAAAAUCGUGAUCUGUCUGAAGCAUCAAUUACAUUGGACAGGUCUCAAGCACUCAUGAUACCAGUUAUGAGCUCAUGCAGUCUGCUUAUGAUGUUCUACUUGUUCUCUUCUGUCUCACAACUACUCACUGCUUUCACUGCAAUUGCCUCUGUAUCAUCUCUGUAUUUUUGCUUCUCGCCUUAUAUUGCCAAUGUCAAGUCACAAUUUGGUCUGUCCGACCCAUUUGUAUCUCGUUGUUGCUCCAAGUCUUUUACUCGAAUACAGGCACUUCUACUGUUCCUAUGCUUCAGUACAGUUGUAGCAUGGCUUGUUUCGGGGCAUUGGAUACUGAACAAUUUGUUGGGCAUUUCACUUUGUAUUGCAUUUGUGAGCCAUGUUCGUCUGCCCAACAUUAAAGUUUGUGCAAUGCUCCUUGUCUGCUUAUUUGUAUACGACAUAUUCUGGGUAUUCUAUUCAGAAUGGUUUUUUGGUGCAAAUGUCAUGGUUGCAGUAGCAACACAACAAGCUUCUAACCCUGUUCAUACAGUGGCCAACUCUUUGAGUCUUCCUGGAUUGCAAUUGAUUACAAAAAAGCUCGAGUUGCCUGUCAAGAUUGUGUUCCCAAGGAACUUAUUAGGUGGAGUUGUUCCUGGAAAUACGGCUAGUGACUUCAUGAUGCUUGGUCUUGGUGAUAUGGCUAUUCCUUCUAUGCUCCUGGCGUUAGUUCUCUGUUUUGACCACAGAAAGGACAAAGAGGUUGCAAGCCCGUUGGAUAUAUCUCCUCAUAAGGGGCAUAAAUACAUCUGGUAUGCUGUUUCCGGAUAUGCUAUUGGAUUGAUAACUGCUUUAGCAGCUGGAAUCCUAACUCAUUCUCCACAACCAGCACUUCUAUAUUUGGUGCCAUCGACACUUGGACCAAUAGUCGUGAUCUCGUGGACAAGAAAGGAGCUAAAGGAGUUAUGGGAAGGAUCGACACCAAAUAUGAGCGAGAAAACACAUUCGACAGAAGUAUGAGCCAUAAUUCGAUUAAGCAAAUGAAUCAUGUAAAUGGAGAUGGGAUAACUUAAAAUUGAGAUUGCUGCCCAAAAUAGCAAUUUGUUUAAUAUUUUGACUUUUUAAAUCACUUUCUAAAA